UCUCUGUCAACUGUAUAUUUUAUACAUAAUAUGGAAUCGUUAAAUACCAUCGUUUCCAUUGUUUGGGCCAACUGACUUCGCUCGCUAGGGAUGUGCUUGGGCGAUUAUCGUAAUAAAGAACGUGUUAAUUAAGGACUCUUGUGUGCAAUUGAAGUAAGAGCAGAGUUUACCAGCUGACGCAUGUGAAAUUUCCUCCGAGAGGCCGCGGCGAAGCAUCGCGGCCACCAUGGCCGAUGCCGCCGUGGCGUCAAACGGGCAAACAUGCCUUGAGGAAAGCUCUCAGUUGACAGUAGAGCAAUCCUCGGUGGAUCCUGCGCCGGCUAGCAGCAAACCACGCCAUGAGGUCAGCCUUGCGGAGCUGCUGGAGCACUUCGCGUCCCUCCAACACGAUUAUGCACUGUUUAAAGAGGGUGGCAAGACCCGGCCUCCCACGGCCGCCGUGACAGAGGCGAUGCCACCAACCGCCGCGCCGCUUCAGGUCGCGGCGGUGCGGCAAGCGCCCGUCGCCGCUGUCAGCGCUGCAAGUAAAGCCCGACCAAACGCUCCGCGCUCCCAGUCCGUGCCGCCCAGCGCUCGCAUGCGCCGCAACACCUCUCCUGGACACGACGGGGGUCCUCUUCGUCAGCAGCAUCCUCCAUCACACCAGCAGCACCCUGUUCCAUCCGCUCGAAUGGCACGACCUAGUGCCGCGGCUGCGGGCCUUAGCCCCGCAGCCAACGCAGUAGCUGGUGUGUCCCGCUGGGGCGCAGAAAGGCAACCACACCCGGAGGCGUCGCAGCAGCAGGGCGUUGGGCGGGGCAGGGAGAGCGCUGCAGCUGAGGGCGCUGCCGGUAAGCCGCCUGUCAGCAACGCAAAGAAGAAGAAAAAGAAGGCGGAGCGGCCCCCGUGGCGGGACGACUUUGUUGAAGAGGCGUCGCCCUGGUCACGAGAGCUGGCGGAGGAGGCAGCAGCUACGGAGGCAGCGGCAGUGGCGCCAGCAGUCUCCGAAGCAGCUCCGCAAAAGGGACCUGGCCCUCAAAAGGGGCUGGCUGCGGACGCAAAAGGCAGACGGCCCGCCAGGGCUAGUAAGGACGGAGCCGCCUCGGAUGCUGGACCAGUGGAGCCAGCGGCGCGGCCGGCCGCACAGCCGGUUGUAGAGCAGCGCCCUGCGCGGCGGACUGUUUCCCCGGGUCAGGACCGGUUGCGGGCGGCUGCGGUUGCGGCUGCGAAGGAAGCCGGACUGCGACAGCAGCAGCUGUUGCAGCAGCAGGGAGCUCAGCAGCAGGUGGCCAGGGGCGGCAUGAUGCUGGUCAUUCCGUCGGGGCCGGAGCACCAACCCGGCCCACCUACCGCGUCUGGGCAGGGGCAAGGGCCGCCUGCGGGGCACGCUGCGCGCAGCAGCCCGGUUCGCGGCAGCCACAUCCCGGUCUCACCGGGCAUCUCCUCCAGCGGCAACAGCCCUGAAGACCCCAGGCGCUCAGAGUCUCGGCCCAGGACGCAGCAAAGCCGGAUACCCACCUACAACGGCCAGCAGCAGCAGGCGGGCGUUGACAGGCGUGACGCGACGCCCCCGCGGGAGCCGCUGCCAGCUGGGGUUCCCGCUAGGGGCAGUCCAGGGCGUGGGCCUCUGAACGUUGGUGCAGGCGGCGGGGGAAACAGGGUGGAUCGAUUGGUCUUGGACCCCAAUGCCGCGUCCCUAUCCGAUGACUCCCAUGCCGCCGGCCCGGCUGUGCACUCAUCACCGCGUCAGGCCGGCAGCUCAGCGGCGUCCGCGGCACACCAUGCGGGCAGCCAGCAGCGGAGGAGGCGCCAGUGGGACUUGCCCGGCGCUGCUGGCGGCAGCGGUGGCGAUGCUCGCAACGAUAGGCCGAGCUGGGUUGGGAGCAGGGUGUCAUCCGAUGGACACUUCCCAGCAGCAAGUGCGGCGAUUGCGGUGCCGGUUAGGUCGCAGCCCCACCCGCAGGCCGGCGGAGGCGGUGCCCCAGGGCCGCUGCCGCCGACCCUGGUCCCCACUCCGCCUUCUGGCUCCCCUCCAAGUCGCCCCAGCAGCCGCCCGGGCAGCCGCCCGAGCAGCCGUCCCGUCAGCACCAAUGGCGAGCCGCCAGGGGCCGGGCAGCCGGCUUCGGGCGCCUCCCUGGACUCCCACAGCAGCCGCGCGUCAACUCCCUCGUCCACUCCUCGGCAGCGGCCGCCGGCCCUGCCCCUGCCGCCGAGUGCGGCAGGCGGCUCCCGACGAAACACCGACGCCGGAGACCAGCCCGUGGAGGCGACCUUUGCACCCGUGCUUGCAGCCUCACCGGCUGGUCCAGGGCCGGGCUGCCGUCGCCGGGUCUCUGGAGGACUGGACUUGCCGCCCGGCGAGCCGUCUGUUGACCUUUCUGCGGCGCUAGGCGGCGUGCAGCCGCGGAUAUCAGGGUCUGGUUUGGGGGAAAGCACGAGCGGCGGCGGCGCGCCGCGUUCCGGUCCGGGGCCGCCGGGGCUGCGCCACAAUGAGGAUUACCUGCGGAAGCUCUCGGCCCUCAAGCGACCGGUGCCGCUUGACGCCAUGCGGCGUGUGACAGAGGAUGCGCUCUUCCUGCCGUCCCCAGCGGUGUCAGGCGGUGGAGCCGGGAGCGGCGGCGGUGGCAGCGGCGGCAGCGCCGGGCCCUCACGCAAAUGGAUGGACGCCGGGAACUGUGAUGCCCCGCUGUCGGCGGCGCCCGUGGAUGCAGUGGGCUCUGCGCCCGCUGCCGUACGUGCUGCCCGCAACCGGGUGCACUCGGCAGAGGUGUACGGCAGUAUGGGCAGCGGGGCCAGGAGCAGUGGCGGCGGUAGCAGGGGUGUUCCCAGCACUGGCGGUGCUGCUCCGGGUGAGGAUGCCGCGGAGGCGGAGGCUGGAGGGCGGUCGUCUAGGAACAGUCGUGCUCCGAAGCCGCAGCAUCACAUGCGGCAUAACAGCGACGGUGUGAGUGAUUUGCCUGUUUCAGCACCGUUGGUCGAAGCACCUGAGGCGGUGGGUGCCGCCAGCGAAGCGCAGCCGCACGACGGGGCCGGUCAGGCGCGUGUGCUAGGGCCCCUGAAGCAGGGAGCUGAGCAGGGCCCUGGCGCAGUACCGGCCCCGCGGGAGCCACGUGGGGAUGCGGGGGGAGCAGCUGGAGCAGGGAAUGGCGCCGCUGGGGUCAUUAGUGCGGAGCAGUACAUGGCCUUCGCUGUCCAAAACCCAGAUGUCGCCAUGGCUGCAGCGCAGGCUGCCAUGAACGUCAACUCCAAUCGAGCCCGACCCCGCUGGAAUCUGCCGCCGGAGCACCAGCAGCCGCGCCCGCAGCAGCCGGUGCUGCUGGGAGCUGCUGGCGCCGCGCCGCCCUGGGGCCAGCCGCAGCUGCAGCUGCCCAUGCAGCAGCCCCUAGCGGCUGCACUGGUAUCCUCAUCCGGUCUGGGCGGGCCCACGGUGUCGCUGCCGUCACCCGGCCCGUCCCCGCAGCAGCCGCACCCGCAUCCCCAUCCCUCCUUGAUGCUCCUGGGCGACAGUCAUGACUUGCGCCGCGUCAACUCGGAAGGGCCGCGCGCACCCUUGGGGCGGCAGCCGGGAGCGCCCAUGCUGGACCUGCUGCCGCAGCAGCAGUCGCUCGGCAGCACGAUACCGGGCGCGCCGUCCCUGCCCCUCCCGGCCUCUCAUGGUCCGCUGGGCCCUGGUGCCGCUAUGUACGGUGCGCCGUCGCCGCCCCUGCCGGUCGUCCAGGGGCUGUUCCAAGGGGGGCCCGGAGGAGUUGGCAGCUGGCCUGGCGAGGCGCCGGCGGAUGGAGGCGGAAGGUUGGGGCCUCUAGGAGCUGGGCCGGGCUACCCUCCGCCGUUGCAGCCUGUUCGGUCCGGCAUGUUGCCGCCUGGCGACAUGUGGGCUGGCGGCCCCGGCAUGCCCCCGCCCCCGCAGCACAUGCAGCCGCCGCUGCCUCCGCACAUGCAGCUCCCGCCCCAGCCCCCGCCGCAGCAGCAGUGGGGCGGCUACGUCCAGAUGCAGGGAUCCCGAGGCUACAUGGGAGGACCAGCAUCGGCGCCAGGCCCCAUGCCAGGACCGGGAGAGGCGCAUGGGCCACCGGGCUCCAUGCCAGAUCCUUACAGCAAGCCUCCGGCGUUCAAACGUGCUUCCAACGGUUACAACGAUGGGCAAGGCGGCCCUGGUCCCGGCUUUGGCCCGCUGCCCCCGGGUGUGCCCGGCCCCGGUCCCGGCCCCCCUGGCGGCGGCCCUGACCUGCCAGACUACAUGCGCGUGUCCAUGUCGCGCAUGGUCGCCGGCUGGUCCGCACCCAAUGCCAAGCACGGUGCGCUGUCGGGCUUCAACGACGUCUGGCAGUACCGGAACAGCAACAACAACCGACUGCCGCCCAGCUACCCCGGGCCCGGCCUGCCGACCGCCCCGGGGCCCCCCACAUCUGCGCAGGGCGGCAUGUCGCAGCCGCACCCGGCGAUGCUGAAUGGCAGCGGGCGGGCAGUGCCCCCCAUGAGAGGCGGCAGCGC